UCAAUUUUUAAAAUGCUGUACCCCAAAGUAGUCAUAUUACUUUUAGCCAUUGAGGGCUGUUCAGCAACUUCGGUAUUUAAUUUGGAUUUUUGGCAUAAAACACACGAAGUUGCCUACACCGAUUUGGUUGUGACUCAAAAAGCGUGUGAAAUUGCUAAGCAGUAUGAUUCAUACAUCUAUAUAGUCUAUACAAGCAAUGUGCGUCAGGACGAUUCAAUAUUUCGUUUGGAGUUCAAUUUAUUAAAAUGCAUGUCCGAAUUACCCACACACAUAAUAGAUGUGGAGCAGCUAACGAAAGAGCGUGAACGCAAAUAUAACAGUUUUAGCAUUUUUGUAUUACCAACAUCCGCUGCAGCAGCGUCGCUGUAUUUGCAACGCAUCAUCGGUCUGUUGAAUGAGAAGCAAACACGUAAGCAUUUCCACAAAUACACUUUCAUCUGGCGAGAUGCACAAAUCGCACAGCUGGGCGAACUCUUCGAAGCGAUUUGGCAGCGUAAGAUAUUAAACGCAAUUGUCAUAACUGAUGUCCAGCACAUCUACACAUUUGAGCCGUUCACGCCAGCUGGGUUCGCUUUGAAACGGAUCACGAAUGGCCAGUACUUUUAUGACAAAUUGAAAAAUCUACAUCAUCAUCAGCUACGCAUCACAAUGUUUACGGACUUUUUGCGCGCCAUACCCAAACGCAAUCGCGAAAAUGGCUACGACGGCGUAGAUGGGCUACUAGCCAGUAGCAUUGUGUCGUAUCUCAAUGCCACAGCAAACUACACACAACCAGCUGAUAAUGAAAAUUAUGGCGAUUGCUUGCCGAAUGGCUCUUUCUCGGGCGUUUUAAAGCAUUUGAUUGCCGGAGAUGCCGAUGUGGGCUUCAAUGCACGCUUUACUUUACCCUGUAUGGAGGGCCGCAUCGAGAAGCUGUAUCCGUAUUUUAAGCGCAAACUGUACUUGAUUGUGCCGGCAGCAAAAAUGCAGCCGGAAUACUUGAUUUUCAUUACUGCCUUCAACUACGCGCUUUGGCGGCUGCUGUCAUUGAAUUUUGUCGUAGUUACAGUGACAUUCGCAUUGUUGAAUCACUGGACGGAACGUUUGCCACAUGCGGCGCCAAUGAAACACGCCCAUUGGUAUGAAUUGGUGGAAAUGUUUGUGAAAACACAACUUGGCGAGCCCGUUGCUGGGUUCUCUAGAAUCAGUUCAUUGCGUGAAUUCCUCAUGGCUUGGAUACUCUUCAGCUAUGUGCUGACUACAAUAUAUUUCGCUAAAUUGGAAAGUAGUUUUGUGCAACCGGUCUAUGAGGAUCAAAUGGAUUCUUUGGAUGAUUUGGAUAAGCUGGAUGUGACCAUUUUCGGCGUCCACACGCUAUUCACCACAGUACAGCAGGCGCUUAAACCGGCUCAUUGGCGUGCUAUUGAAAAGCGCGCCGUCUCAUUACCGCUUCACUUCUCUUCAUUCCAAUACGCCUUGCCAUUGAGUAUGAGGAAGAAUGGGCAUGUGGCGUUUGUGUUGCGUGGCGAAGCAGCAAAGGAUUUUGUGCUAAAGUCCUACGAUAUAGAACGGCGUCGUCCGCGAUUUCAUGUGGUCAAAGAGUAUCUACGUUCAAUGCCACAGACUUAUAUUUUGGAAAGGGGCUCACCAUUCCGAUAUAAAUUUCAACUCUACCAGAGCAGCAUAUUUGAAAGCGGUCUCAUGGAGUGUUGGAGCAACAAGAAUUUGCAUUACAGCAGCCAGAGUGAAUCGCAGGAAAUGGAGGAGAUCUACGUGGAGUUACCGGAUGACUCGGAAUUCGAUUUGAAUAAUAGUGCAGAAAGCGGCGGUGGCAACGCCAAUCGUACCCGGAAAAGGGUGGUGCUGAGCUUGACCAUAUUGCAGGGUGCAUUCUACUUAUGGUGCUUCGGCAUUUUGCUUAGUGUAGUAGGUUUUGUGUUGGAAUACGUCUAUUGGUUGCGGGGAAAGAAGAAGCGUUUUAAUGUGGAAUAG